UCUUGUAUUUGGAGUAAAAAGUUUUCAUUUCCUAAUCUGAAUUUACUCGAAAUUGCUUUGUUUCAGAAAGAUGUCACCUCACAUGAUUGGCCUGCAGAGAAGACAUCCUCGUACGAGAGCAGGAUAAUUGUGACAUUUGAUAUUAGUCAACAGGAAGAAGAAGAAGGAGCCAGAUAUCAAGGUGGUGCUUUUGCUUUUAUAGUCUCAUUUCUCCAACGAUAGAUAGAGCCACAAAUUCUCCUGUUUUAUAGGCCCUCCUCAGUCUCUCUCCCUCCCUGUCUCCCAAAUCUUCAAGCCAAAAAGGUACUGGAAAAUAAAACAAAAAAAACCAGAUAGCGUGGCAGAGAAACUCAACGAUGGGGAGCUACAAGAAAGAUAAGCAUAGAACAUCUCCACUACCAGAAUCUAGCAAUAGCAACAAAGAUGAAAUGGGGAGUUAUAAUUACAAGAUGUUUAAUCUUUUUAACAGAAAGUUCAAGAUCACGGAAGCUGAGCCACCCAAAGACGUGAAACAACUUUUUUCCAAGUUCUCGAAUGGUGGGUCCCACAUGACUGCUGAUCAGCUCCGGCGCUUCCUGGUUUUGCACCAGGACGAGCUUGACUGCACGCUGGCGGAUGCACAGAAGAUCGUGGAGGAGGUCAUUAACAGGAGGCAUCAUUUGACGAGAUACAGCAGACAUUCACUUAAUCUUGAUGACUUUUUCCAUUUCUUGCUUUAUGAUGAUCUCAAUGGACCCAUCACCUCUCAGGUACACAAUGAUAUGACUGCUCCAUUGGCACAGUAUUUCAUAUACACAGGGCAUAAUUCCUACCUAACUGGGAAUCAACUGAGUAGUGAUUGUAGCGAGGUGCCAAUUGUAAAAGCUUUGCAGAGAGGUGUAAGAGUAAUUGAACUAGAUUUGUGGCCAGGUUCCGCAAAAGAUGAGAUUCUUGUUCUUCAUGGAAGGACCCUGACCACUCCAGUGCCACUCAUAAAAUGUCUGAAGUCCAUAAGAGACUAUGCUUUCGCUAGUUCUCCUUAUCCAGUCAUCAUAACUUUAGAAGAUCACCUCACACCAGAACUUCAGGCUAAAGUUGCAGAGAUGGUUACUCAAACAUUUGGCGGAAUGCUGUACUAUCCUGAGUCAGAUUCCUUAUUACAGUUCCCUUCUCCGGAAUCAUUGAAACAUCGAAUAAUCAUUUCAACCAAACCACCAAAAGAGUAUCUUGAAUCUAGUGGCAUCAAGCGAAAGGGACCUUUAUCACCAGGUGGAAGGAAUUCAUCCGAAGAAGAUGACGAAGCAUCAGGGAUACCAUACCAUACAGCUGAACUAGAAGCGGAUGAUAGGAGCGACAGUGAUCAAGAUGAUGUAGACCUAACCGAUUGUGACAAUAAAUCAGGCCAGUUAGGGGCACCUGCAUAUAAACGUCUAAUCACAAUACACGCUGGGAAGCCAAAGGGUUGUUUAAAGGAUGCUUUGAAAGUUGCAGCUGAUAAAGUUAGACGUCUUAGUUUGAGUGAACAGGAACUUGAAAAGGCUGCGGCAACAAAUGGAACUGAUGUAGUGAGAUUUACACAGAAUAAUAUUCUGAGAAUAUACCCUAAGGGAACUCGGAUCACCUCCUCUAAUUACAAACCAAUUGUUGGAUGGAUGCAUGGAGCUCAGAUGAUUGCGUUUAAUAUGCAGGGAUAUGGAAAAUCACUUUGGCUGAUGCAUGGGAUGUUUAGGGCCAAUGGAGGUUGUGGUUACCUUAAGAAACCAGAUUUUCUAUUGGAGAAAGGUCCAAAUAACGAGGUGUUUGAUCCUAAAACAAAAUUACCAGUAACAAAGACAUUAAAUGUGAAAGUAUACUUGGGUGAUGGAUGGCGCCUUGAUUUUAGCCACACACACUUUGAUUCAUACUCACCACCAGACUUCUACACAAAGGUUUACAUCGUUGGGGUACCAGCUGAUGCAGCAAAGAGAAAAACAAAGAUAAUCGAGGAUAACUGGUCUCCAGCUUGGAAUGAGGAGUUCACAUUCCCCCUAACCGUUCCCGAACUGGCUUUGCUUCGGGUGGAAGUGCAAGAGUAUGAUAUGUCAGACAAGGAUGACUUUGGUGGUCAAACAUGCUUGCCUGUCUUGGAUCUAAGACCAGGAAUCCGAUCAGUCCCUCUCCAUGAUAAGAAAGGAGAGAAACUCAAGAAUGUAAGGCUUCUAAUGGGGUUUCAGUUUGUAUAACCUCUACAGUAUUAUUUUUCAUUGAUGGCAUAUGCUAGCUCCAGCCCUUGAUCCUAGAACAACAGAUUGUCCAACAGUAGGUGUAUAAUAAAUAGGCUUCAUAAUUAGUUAAGAAAUAUUGAACCUGGCCCGAAUGCUUAUGCUUUUGUUUUGCUUCAGACCGACGAUAGGGUAUGAAAAGUUACAAUCAAAGUUUUUUACCCUUGACAAUUAACAUGGACAGCCCUAGCUGUUGCUGCAAGGUCCUUUCUUCGCUGUUGAGAUGUCACAAUGUAAUCUUUCGUUU